AUGGGAUAUGGACUUAUUUGGGAUCGUAGACUAGAUUUAGAAAACGAAAAAAUUGAAGUUGUUUGGUUUGAAAUACGCCCUAAAAGUUCGAAAGGUAUUUUGAUUGCGUCUGUCUACCGCCCUCCUGAUUCAUCCAAGCACCUAAACAAAGACUUUAAUGAACUGUUUAAUAGCAUGCUAACAAAAGCUAUGAGUGAAUCAAAGGAAACCAUACUCCUCGGGGACAUGAAUGCAAAUUUUCUUGACAAUAAAGACAAUAAAGAUCUUAAGUCAAUAUUUAAUGUGCAUGGCCUCAAACAAAUGAUUAGGCAGCCCACAAGAAUCGCAGAAAGUACUGAAUCGUUAAUCGAUAUCAUUUUAACAAACAAACCUGUGAACUUAGUACAAUCUGAAGUCAUUCCUACAAGCAUUGGAGAUCACGAAAUGAUAGGUUGUGCACGAAAGUUAAAUUCAAACCACUACAAUGCCAGGCUGAUAUCCUGUCGCGACUAUAAAAACUACAAUCCAGAAUUGUUGAAAACUGAUUUACGGAAAAUUAAUUGGAUGCCGUUUUACAACGAAUCAAAUGUUAAUGACGCUUGGUUGUUACUAAAGUCUACUUUAACUAAUCUAUACAACCGUCAUGCUCCAAUCAUUAAGAAGAAU